GAAUACCUCGCAGCACAGAAUUUUCACUUCGUCGUCAUACGAUGGGUUGCGAUUGGACCCGACCCGAAUAAAUGAUUCUCUCUUCCCUUCGAGUUUCUCUGUUUUUCAAGUCCAGAUUUUUGGGUUCAAGCUCUCCCCAUCAACUUGUGUUCAAGAUAUCCAGUUUCCAAACGCAGAAAACCUCAAUCCUGGCUUCGGAUAUCUGGAAACGCCUGUUCCCGGCGCGAGCGAGGAGACCCUUACCCGUCCCAAGGAUCCCCCUUCUUGGAAUUGGGCGACGAACUAAUCCCAACCCCGGAAUGGAUUUAAACCUUUUCAAGUUGUGCUCUGGCCUCAGAGUUUUGGGCUACUUCAUGAUCUUAUUGUUUGCCGCUAUCGUUGCUGUUACUUACUACGCCGUUGUUGUGGUCACCUGGGGUCCUCUCUUGUUCCGUGGUGGAGCCUCCUCGUUCUUGGCUGUUGCCAUAAUCAUAGCUUUUCACAUUCUGCUCAUAAUGUUAACCUGGUGCUACUUUAUGGUGGUAUUCAAUGAUCCCGGUUAUGUCCCUGAAAAUUGGAGACUUUUAUCAGAGGAUGAGAGUUUAGAAGCUGGCAUACCUACAAUGUUCUCGAAUCAUUUUGCACCUGAGACUUCAGCUUCUGUGCGGUCUUCUGAUGGAAUGGAAAGAAGACGAGAAACUGGAUAUUGUAGUCGUUGCCAAAAUGGCAAGCCACCACGUUGCCAUCAUUGUUCAAUUUGCCAAAGAUGUGUUCUUAAGAUGGAUCAUCAUUGUAUUUGGGUGGUGAAUUGUGUUGGUGCGCGUAACUACAAGUUUUUUCUUCUCUUUUUGCUUUAUACGUUCCUUGAGACAACGCUGGAUUGUUUAGCUCUAGUGCCUAGUUUUAUCAGAUUCUUUGGAGGAGCCAAGAAUCAUUCAUUAUCUCCUGGGAGCUUUGCCAUUGUCUUUUUGGCUUCUAUUCUUAAUUUAGCCUUUGCACUGAGUCUUCUUUGUUUCGUUGUUAUGCACUUAUCUCUUCUGUUAAGCAACACAACAUCGGUAGAGGUGUAUGAGAAGAAAAGAGGAGUAAGAUGGAGAUAUGACCUCGGUCGGAAGAAAAAUUUUGAACAGGUUUUUGGGACAAAGAAAGCUCUAUGGUUGCUUCCCUUGAUUUCAAAAGAAGAUUUGGAUAACAUAGCAGCUCUGAGGGGCCUCGAGUUCCCUACACGUUCAGAUGUUGAGGCGUGAGGCUUAAACGUCAAGCUCACAGGCCUUCAAUCCUGUUUGCAACUAAUGAUGCCUUGCUCUGCUCUGCAGGGCCAGCCACACAAAUAAUGCUGCAUCUUGCUGCUUGUUCGGCAGACGUAGUUGUGUGUGUGUAUACGUGUAAAUUUGGUGAUAUUCUUUCUGUUAAUCCUGUAUUAUCAUUAUUAGUUUAAAUAGCUUCCAUUUACGGUUGAGCUUUAAUGGUAUCCCUGUGUGUUUGAAAGAGAUCAGACUGUUUUUAGUUAGUGGCAAGUACAACGAGAUCUUUAACUUGUCUUUUUUUGCCCUUUUUGUUUGAUGGGGAUGGAGAACUUUCUAUUUAUUUGAACCCCAUCCCCGUGUAUUAUUGUCGUGUACUUGAUUAGAUUAAAUGUUAUUCUCAUAA